CUGAUCUCCGAAGCCUAACAUACAACAUGUACUCUCUUGUUUUAGGACUCGUUCUAAGCUGCACGGCAGUCCUUGCUACGCCAUCCCCCUUUCCCGGACCGUAUCCAGAACCUUCGCCUUACCCUGGACCUCAACCAGCUCCUGCUCCCUUCCAAGGUGGAAGGAUGAGUGGUCCCUCUCCUGUAGCCCAGCCACGUCCACCGCAAUCAGGCCCUAGUGCGGAAGCUGAUGCUUACAGACUAUAUGGAUCGAAUCUAGGCCUAUUAGGAGGUGUUGAUGUUGUAGUAGACCCAUACCGGUACGAUUUAGGAUGCACAGGAUUAGGAUACUCACCAUAUCCUGUAUCAAGGUUCCCUGGAUUUGGAUUUGGGUAUAAUGCCGUUGAUUUCAUCUUGUAGAUGUAUUUAUAAUUUAGUUUAUAAGUAAAUGAUUUCACUUUAAUAAACCUGAAUUAUUUAAUACAAA